GUCACCUUGAAUUCAGUCGGAACGAGUUAUUAUUAUAACUAUCCAUCAUCUGUUAUUAUGGAUUAGUUUUAUCCUUCAUUUAUAUGUUUUUCCAAGUAUCUGUUGUGUGUGUUUGGAGCUUUAGUGUUAAAAUAAAAUCAUAGGAGUAGAGGUGCGUAAUCUCCAUAGCAUGGGUGUAGUGGUGCGUAAUCUCCAGAAGGUGGUGCCUUUGCGCAGAGCCAGGCUGCGCAGAGAUGUGGACACACUGAGACACAUCCUGGGUGUGCAGAAGUUUGACCUGGGCAUCAUCUGUGUGGACAACCAGAGGAUGCAACACAUUAAUAACAUCUACAGGAAGAAAAAUGUGCCAACAGAUGUCCUCUCCUUUCCAUUUUAUGAGGACAUGAGACCCGGUAAGAUGCCUUGCCCUCUUUACAGAGACGAGCUGAACCUCGGGGACAUUUUCCUGGGUGUUGAGUUUGUGAUGAAGCAGUGUCGAGAGGAAUCCAUGGAUCUGCAUGGAGCUCUCACUGUUGUCACAGCACACGGUAUCUGUCACCUGCUGGGUUACAGGCAUGAGACAGAGGAGGAGUGGGCUGAGAUGCAUCAGAGAGAAAACUACAUCCUGAACGAGUACAACAGACUGACAGGACGACAUCUGGAGCCUCUGAUGAAGCGAUGCAGUCAGGACAGGUGACAGCAGCAGCGAGACGUCACCUGUUUAAAUAAAACCUCACAGCCUGAAAAAAAACAGUGAACGCUGCAUUACGGAAACGCUUCACACUCUACUGGACUACUGAUUAACUCAUUAACCUGGCAGAAGACAAGCACACAGCUGCUGGAUUGUGUGCUGGACUUACUUCUGAUAUAAAACUGGGGACAUGAAGAGUUGUGAAAAGUUUUCAAAACAUCAAAUGAACAACAAAGAAGUCUGUGCACUUACACUGUAAUAUUUUAUUAAAAUCUGCUUUAAGAAGAAGAAGUCAGUUUGUAUAUGAAGGAUAGAAAAAGCUCAUUUCUUACUUCACAAAUACUUUGUACCCUCUUUACACUGCGUCUGGGACAAGAUGUUUCAAGAACUGUAACUCCAAAGGCUUCAAGGACAUAAAAAAAAAAUGAUAAUAAUAAUUAACUUUUUCUUUUUUUAAAUGUAAUAACAGGCCAUACAGGUUCAUGGUGCAGCAGAAUACUGUACUCACAGGAAGGCAGCUAAAUAACGAUGCACACCUCCUUUUAAAAAAUAAAAAAAACCUCACUACAAAGUGCUGGAUUUUUGCUUUUUUAAAAUUCUAUGAUGAACAAAUAUCUUCAAAUUUAAAGGAAAUAAUUAAGACGUCCAGCAAGACAUCAUGUUCGAAUGUUUACGGUUGUUUAAGUGAGAUUUCUUUUUCUCUCUUUUUUUAAACAGUGUUAACACAGAAGAGCCUAUAAAACCGGAGAUCAGGGGGAUAAAAUAAAAUAAAAAAACUCCCAUUUUGUUUUCGUACUAUAAGCGAGCAGGUGUGACAGGAACAAUGUGAAGAGGGUU